AUGACGGAAUCAGUACAAUCUGGCAGCAUCUUUUGCUUCGUUUGUAUUGUUAUUUGUUCUGUUGCCGCGGCUUCAAGCGCAGCUGAAGAUAAAAUUGGAGCUGAAUACAUUUUGAGGGAAAUUCAAAAUUUGAAAACAAAAGUGUCGGAAUUAGAAAAUGAUGUCAUUCGUCUUCAGAGACGUAACGACGACUUAGAGCAAGAAGUAUCCACUUUGCAGCAUGAACAGGAAUAUACAAAGGAAAAUGGUGCUGUUCAAAGCUAUGGCAAUAAGGCUGCAAACCAAACGUAUUACGAAAAAUAUCCCCGAAGCGUGGCUUCAUCAUGUCAGAUUGCGUUCACAGUAGGUGUAUCCGUUGUUGACUUGACAAAUUUAGGUGACCAUCACACUGUCAUCUUCGACAGGGCGAUCUCCAACAUUGGCAAUGCUUAUAGCACAACCUCUGGCAUUUUCCAAGUGCCAUUAAAAGGCGCAUAUGUUUUCACUCUGACAAUGAUGGUACUCUCCCGUCAUAGCGAAUAUCUGGAAAUUGUCGUCGAUGGAAAUCGUAUUAACGACAUUUUAGCAGAUGCUUCUUCAGUUGACGAUUUUAUGUCUACUACAAAACAGUGGAUUCUCGAUCUUAACAGUGGCUCUGAAGUCUGGAUUCGAACCUCUUCGUAUCAAAACCAUGGUGAAAUACAUGGAACAAUGCAUACACUUUUCAGUGGAUUUCUCUUAUUCGAGACAGAGUAAUAUCGCUAUUGUUUUUAUGUUUAUAUCUGAAUGCAAAAAUAAAUGUUGCUGAAGG